AAUCAGUUUGUGGCCAACUCCAAAAAGUGUAGUUUUGGCACGACAACAGUGGAAUAUUUGGGUCAUAUCAUUUCCGGACAAGGUGUUUCAGUUGAUCCUUCUAAAUUCAAUAUAUUUUGGAUUGGCCGAUUCCAAAGAAUGGCAAAGGAGUAAGAGGUUUUUUUUGGGUCUGAUGGGUUAAUUUGUAGAAAAUUAUGCUAAGGUAUAGCUAAGCCUUUGACAUAAUUGACUAAGAAGGAUAAUUUUCACUAGGGAUCAACUUCUUUAGUCUUUCUUGGAACUCAAAAUACUCUUGACUAGUUUCCCAGUUAUUGCAUUUCCAGAUAUUUCCAAGCCUUUUGAGAUUGAGUGUAACGCCUUUGGAAGAGGAAUUGACACUGUAUUAAUGCAAAAUAGAAGACCAAUUGGUUAUUUUAGUAAAGCUUUAUCAAAAGGGAAUUUGUCAAAAUCUGCAUAUAUAAAAGAAUUGAUGGCUUUGGUUUUGUCUGUUCAACAUUGGCGUCCCUAUCUUCUUGGGAGACCUUUUAUAGUAUAUACUGAUUAAAAGAGCCUUAAACAUUUACUACAACAGCGGAUCACAACCAUAAAUCGACAAUAUUGGAUGGCCAAAUUAUUAGGUUACCAAUUUGAAGUUAUUUACAAAUCAGGUUUGUUGCUGAUUCAUUAUCUAGAAUAUAUGAAGAAGGUGAAUAUCACACUUUAGUGUCUUACCCUUCAUGGGAGGAAGGUAAAAAUCUUAUUGAAUAAGCUAAACAAGACCAUUAAUUGCAGGAAAUUAUGGCUGAUUUAACCAAUAAUCCAGGUUCUCUCAUCUAGGUUUUGAAAUGCAACAAGGAGUUCUAUACUAUAACAAUAGACGUGUUAUAUCUGCUUCAUCUCGGAUUGCUCAUUAUGGAAGGCAUAGACAUGAAAAUCCUUUUGAAGAAUUGGCAACAUUAAAACAAAUUGGAAAUGUAGAAGAAUUUAUUAAAGCCUUUGAGUUGAUUUCUUCACAAGUUCCACGUCUACCAGAAGAGCAGUAUAUUGGCUAUUUCAUGAGUGGAUUACAAUCUCAUAUCCGAAGAAGAGUUCGAACGCUAAAUCCAUUGUCUAGAGGGCAAUUAAUGUGCAUGGCAAAGGAUGUUGAAGAGGAUCUGUUAGAGGAAAGGGGGAUUUCACAAAAGACAUUUGGGAAGAAGAAGUUAUGGAGCAAUUUUGGCUGGGGUCCGGGCAGUUUUAGACCAUAUGUUGGGAAUAAUUCAAUUCAAAAGAAAUUGGGUCAGUUUUUUCAAAUGGGCAUAACUAGUACAACAUCAGGAUGGGGUUCCAAAAAGAUUCGUGCCUCUAAGGAAGCUAGUAUUGCAGGUUCUGCAUCAAAUAAAAAUCCUUUUUUCUCCCAAGCCUCUACAGCACGAAAAGGAGAAUGAGAUAAGCGAGGGUUCAUGGAAAAAUUCAGAGGAAUUCAUUCCAUUUCUUACCUAAAAUUAUUGGAACAAAGGGCCAAGGGAUUAUGCUUCAAAUGUGGUGAAAAAUUCCACUCACUUCACCAAUGUGCAGAGAAACAAUUGAAGUUAUUAGUGUUAAAAGAAAAUGAAAGAUUAAAUUCAGAUGGAGAGAUAGUGAGUCUUGAGGCAAGGACUUCAGAAGAUGAGGAGUUGGAGUGUAAAUUUAUGUGAUUAUUGGGUAUGAAUUCAGGUAGAAAAAUGAGGUUAGAAGGCAAAAUAAUAGGGAUUGAUAUUGUGGUGCUUAUGGAUAGUAGAGCCAACCAUAAUUUUAUUUCUCCUCAAUUAAUUCUAGCUCUCGGAUUGAAGGUGCAAGAGACAAGGAAAUUGGGAAUUAAACUUGGUGAUGGGCAUAAAAUGUUUACUAAAGGUAAGUGCCUCGAGUUAUACAUUCACUUGGGAAAUUUUGAGUUGAAAACAGAGGCAUAUGUAUUAGAAUUGGGAGUUUCUUGAUUGAAAACAUUAGGGAAGUUGUAAUGGAUUGGAAGGAGAUGACUAUACAGUUCCAUCAUGAAGAUCUUUUAAUCACUCUACAAGGUAAGUUGGAGGUAGCGAAGAAGGGUAAACAAACAGGAAAAAGGGGGCCUGCUCCCUAUAUUGCCUUUUGCAAGUGCAUUCUCUUACUAUUGAUGGGUUUUUACGGGUAGCAGAGGGAGUUCCUUCUCACACAACAUUACUAUCAGAAUUAGAAUUAAAUGCAUCACAACAACUUGAAGUAUCACAUUUAUUGGAAAGAUUUUCUGUAGUUUUCAAAGAAAGAAAUAGGUUGCCGCCUAAGCGAAGUCAACAACAUGCUAUAGUGUUUCAAGAAGGGCAAAGUCCUAUUAGUGUGCAUCCAUAUUGUUACCCACACCAUCAAAAGGAGGAAAUUGAAAGAUAGGUUCCAGAAAUGUUGCAAUCGGGGUUAUUUGGCCUAGUGUAAGUUCUUUCUCUAGUCAUGUUUUAUUGGUAAAAAAAAGGAUUCAUCAUGGAGAAUGUGUGUUGAUUAUAGAGCAUUAAAUAAGGUCACAAUUCUAGAUAAAUACCCUAUCACUGUGGUAGAUGAACUACUUGAUAAGUUAUUUGGAGCUAUGAUUUUUUCAAAAAUUGAUUUGAAAUUGAUCAGAUUAGAGUAUUGGAGGAAGAUAUUCAUAAGACUGCAUUUCACACUCACAAUGGAAAUUAUGAGUUCUUAGUUAUGCCUUUUGGGCUCUCUAAUGCCCCUUCAACCUUUCAAGCAGCAAUGAAUGAUUUAUUUAGGCUGUUCCUUCUCAAGUUUGUACUAGUUUUCUUCGAUGAUACUUUAGUGUACAGUUCCAAUUAGCCUGCACAUUUGUCUUAUCUUUCUAUGGUGUUGGAAGUUCUUCUUUAGAAUCAGUCUGUGGCUAACUCCAAGAAGUGUAGUUUUGGCAUGACAACAGCGGAAUAUUUGGGUCAUAUCAUUUCCGGACAAGGUGUUUCAGUUGAUCGUUCUAAAUUCAAUAUAUUUUGGAUUGGCCGAUUCCAAAGAAUGGCAAAGGAGCAAGAGGUUUUUUUUGGGGUUUGAAUGUUUAAUUUGUAGAAAAUUAUGUUAAGGUAGCUAAGCCUUUGACAUAAUUGACUAAGAAGGAUAAUUUUCACUUGGGAUCAACUUCUUUAGUGUCUUUCUUGGAACUCAAAAUACUCUUGACUAGUUUCCCAGUUCUUGCAUUUCCAGAUUUUUCCCAGCCUUUUGAGAUUGAGUGUAACGCCUCUGGAAGAGGAAUUGGUACUGUAUUAAUGCAAAAUAGAAGACCAAUUGGUUAUUUUAGUAAAGCUUUAUCAAAAGGGAAUAUGUCAAAAUCUGCAUAUAUAAAAGAAUUGAUGGCUUUGGUUUUGUCUGUUCAACAUUGGCGCCCCUAUCUUCUUGGGAGACCUUUUAUAGUAUAUACUGAUUAAAAGAGCCUUAAACAUUUACUACAACAGCGGAUCACAACCAUAGAUCAACAAUGUUGGAUGGCCAAUUUAUUAGGUUACCAAUUUGAAGUUAUUUACAAGUCAGGGUUGCUGCUGAUUCAUUAUCUAGAAUAUAUGAAGGUAAAUAUCACACUUCAGUGUCUUACCCUACGCGGGAGGAAGGUGAAAAUCUUAUUAAAGAAGCUAAACAAGACCAUCAAUUGCAGAAAAUUAUGGCUGAUUUAACCAAUAAUCCAGGUUCUCAUCAAGGUUUUGAGAUGCAACAAGGAGUUUCUCAUCCAGGUUUUGAGUUUAUACUAUAACAAUAGACUUGUUAUAUCUGCUUCAUCUCCUUUGAUACAAUUACUCCUAAAGGAAUUUCAUUCUUCCCCUUUAGGAGGACAUUCCAGUUUCUUGAAAACUUAUAGAAGGUUGGCAGGUCAUCUUUAUUGGAGAGGUAUGAAGCGUUGUGUACAAGAGUUUGUGUAAUCUUGUGAUGUGUGCCAAAGACACAAAUAUGCUGCAACCAUUCCUGGAGGAUUGCUCCAACCUUUUUCGGAUUCCGGACCUAAUAUGGGAUGACAUCUCUAUGGAUUUUAUCACCGGGCUUCCUCAAUCAAGCAGGCAUGAAGCUGUUUUUGUUGUGGUGGAUCGGUUAUCUAAAUAUGCACAUUUUAUUUUGUUGAAACAUCCGAAUACAGCCAAGACCGUAGAUGAAUUGUUUGCUCGAGAAAUUGUAUGACUCCAUCGAGUUCCUAAAUCCAUUAUUAGUGACCAAGAUCCAUUAUUUGUUAGUCACUUUUGGAAAGAAAUCUUUCGACUGUAGGGCACAAUGCUUAAGAUGAGCUCUUCCAUCCUAAAACAGAUGAACAAACUGAAGUCUUGAAUAGAUGUUUGAAGGGAUAUUUAUGUUGUUUUGCUUUUGAACCGCCUUAAAAUUUGGCUUAUUGAAUACCAUGGGUAGAAUUAUGGUAUAAUACUUCUUUUCAUAUAUCUAUUGGUAAAACUCCUUUUGAAGUAGUUUAUGGUCGAAAGCCUCCUACAUUAACUCGUUUCUUAACAAAUGAAACUAAAGUUGAGGUAGUGGCAAGGGAGUUAUUUUAUAGGGAUGAAGCUCUCCUUCAACUUAAAUAUAAUCUUUCUAGGGCACAAGAAUAUAUGAAAAGAUAUGCUGAUAAAAAGAGAAAGCCACUACAAUUUGCAAUAGGAGAAUGAUGUUCCUUAAAUUAAGGUCCCACAAGCAGCACACGGUUUCUAGGAGGAUUAAUCAAAAAUUGGCAGCAAGAUAUUAUGGAUUUUUCCAGGUUAUUGCAAAAAUAUGGAGAGGUUGCAUAUAAGCUCAAAUUUCCCCCUCAUUCUUGAGUUCAUCCCGUCUUUCAUGUAUCGUUACUUAAGAAAGCUAUUGGAGAAUAUAAUGUACAAGUAGAUCUAUCCAAUGGACUGGAGGUGACACUUGAAGAUGAAGUGGAACCCGAAUAUGUGAUUGCUACUAGACACAUUGUUCAUGAUGGCGAAGUGAUUCGUCAAUGGUUAGUCAAAUGGAAGGGCAAGGACAUGAUUGACACAAGGUGGGAGGAUGAUUUCACUCUUAGUAAUCAAUUUCCUCAUUUUAGCCUUGAGGACAAGGCUAGGGUUGUAGCAGGUGGUAAUGAUAGAAACCCAGUUCCAAGUGGAUAUGCGUGACUUUCUAAAUGCUCCAAAUGGCCCACCACAACAAAUUAGUGUUCUGAAUGAAAAACAGGAUGCAAAACCUCCUCAAUCCCCAUUAGGUGGAAAGAUGGGUUGAUAUCUAACUCCUUUCCUUUUAAAUUUCUGAGAGUCUGUAUGGGAUAUUGGGGAAAAAUUUUCUUCUAAUAGAUAACUUCCCUAAUGGAUUUUUUAGCAGGAUGUCUUUGAUCUACCUUUCCAUAUGGCCAGAGAUCAGAUAGAAGAGAGUUUGUGGACUAAGAUGUCUUCAAUAAAGGCGAGGAUGACACAAUUGCAAGAUGAACAAAAGGAAGCAGAAGUUACUUGUGAGGUAACUGAAAUCUAACUUGAGCUUGAAGCUCAGCUUGUUGAAGCUAGCAGCAUCAUUCAAGAACAGGCUUCAAUAAUGUCAAAACAUUUUGCAAAGACUGAUAAACCAAGGAGAUUGAGCAGCCAUUUUGAUGCUGCAUCAGCAGAGGCGUGUUUGUCUCUUUCUUGAGGAAUAUGGUUACCCGGACACUAAUGAAAGAUGGGAUACUUUUGGUGAACCCAGUGGAAGGUAUAAUUAUUAUGUUAACUAUGCAGCACCACCAAUUCAACCUUUCAUUCCUGCAACAAAGCCAUCAUGGGGAGAUGAAGAUGAUGAUGAAGACAACCAUACAGAUAAUGAAGCAAUUUUUCCAAGUAUUUGGGAAGACACCCCAUGGGAAGAUGAUCCUUAUUUUGAAAUUGAAGAUCCACCAAUAACGGAGGAUGAAGAAGAGGAGGAACGAGAAGCUUAUUUUCUUGGGUUAGAAGAUCUAGAAAAUGAUUACCCAGCGGUCUCUCCUACCUCUGUAUUACAAGAAGACAAUCAGCCGUUACCUAUCUAUUGGGACAACAGUGAUGAUGAGUCAAAUGACUAUUGGCGACAAAUAGUAGAGCAAGCAGAGCAACAAUGGGGUGCUACGCAAAAUAUCACUGAAGGAAUAAAUGAAUUAUCCAUCCAGGAUGAUACUACUUUGGCUGAAGGUACGGAACCUAAUGAUUGGUUACCUUAUACUAAUCAUACAGAUGAAGCAGCUCAUAUGGGGACGGAUUUAUUAAUGGAACAACUGGAAUUACUGGAUUAUCCAAUUCUGUGAAGUAUGGUGAAUCAGUCAACAAAAGAAAAUGCACUAUCCAGUACCAGUGCAAUUUCCAGGUAUAACCCUCCCCAAGAACCUUUAAUGGGUCAAGUAAAUUACCCUCCUGCGCAGGUAAAUGCAAGGGUAGAGCCAAUAGAAGCACUUGUUGUAAUAAAUGGAAGGUUCAAACCACGAGGAUAUAAUCAUCAACCUUGGACAUUACCGUCAGCACAAACAAAUGAUGGAGCAAUUCUGAUUUUACCAGAUGAUAUUGGGCAAUAUUCUGAAGUAAUUUCAAAAUGGGAAUCAAUCACAAACAACCUGGUAAAUCAAAAAACUUGGCUGGACAACUCACAAAAGGUACAAUUUUUUGAAAACCUUUUAGCGGAGAAUGAAAAGAAAAUGUGGAUUCAGUGGCGUAUGGCAUACGCUGCAGAAUAUGAGACCCUUAUACAAAUGGCCGGAGAAACACAGAACAUUUUAUCUGCAAUUAGAAGAUCCUUUUUAUUAGAGGAUUCAUAUCAAAGUUCCAUAGUGGAACAAGAUCAGACUUAUAUAGAUAUUAAACGAUUGACAUGCAAUAGUAUGAAAGAUAUUUUUAAUUACUUGAAUGAUUAUAAAGUAUUGGCAGCAAAGUCAGGACGAAUGUUUAUAAGUCCAGAGUUAUCAGACAAGCUAUUCAGGAAGAUGCCACCUAUCAUUGGGAAUGAAAUUGAAAUUGCUUUUAAGGCAAAAUACCCUGUUAAUCAGGUUGGUGUCAUUCCAAGAAUACAUUUCACUUAUCAGUAUUUUGUUGAAAUUUGUAAAAAGGCUGCUAUACAGAAGAGUGUUAAAGAUCUAGCCUUCUGCAGUAAAAUACCUAUACCAGGGUAUUAUAAUAAACAGAAGAAAUUUGGUCUACGGAAAGCUAAAACAUAUAAAGGUAAACCGCAUGACUCCCAUGUACGGGUGUUCGAAAAGAAGAAGGCAGAUCAGCAGAAGAAGUGCAAAUGUUUUAUUUGCGGAGAACCAGGGCAUUUUGCUCGAGAUUGCAAGAAGCAGACAGGCAAUAUAGCACGGGCAGCUAUAUUAGAUCAGUUGGAUUUACCUUCAGAUUAUGAUAUUCUUUCAGUUGAUCUUAAUGAAGCUGACUCUGAUGCUAUUUGUUCUUUUUCAGAAGGAGAAAUGGGUCCAAAUUAUGUUAAUUUAAUUCUGGAUGAUACAUCCUGGAUGCAGGAAACUAUUUUUAUGCUGGGAGCUGAAAAUUGCGGCUGGAGAAGCUAAGUCUUUGUUGGUGAAAAAAUGAAAAAUUGCCAGAAUCAGUGGGAAGAAAAUCAAGUCAUCACCGACAACAAAUACGUAUGUUGUACAUUAUGCAAAUUAAUUACUACAGACACUGCGGAUACAUUGUUUAUUUACAAGAUGACGGUAUGCCCAGCAUGUCAACCAUUUUAUCUGCAUAAAACAUUAACUUUAAAGAAGAAUGAAAUUAUUCCCCCAUAUGAUAAAGAGGAAAAGAUGAUACAGGAUUUGCUGGAUUAUACUAAUUAUUUGCGCAGUAUUAUUGAAAAAAGACUAGCUGUUUAUCAGAGUGAAACUCGUUUUCUGAAGAUCAAAAGGUUGACAGAAACAGUUAAGCUACCAGUAAGACAGACACAUGGUGCGGCAGGCUAUGAUAUUUUCCUUGAUGAAGAAGUACAUAUUAUGCCACAUCAACAAUGUUUUGCAAAAACAGGCAUUAGUUUGGAAUUUACGGAAGAAUAUUAUGCCCGAAUUGCUCCUAGAUCAGGCGUAGCUUAUAGGCUCAAUUUUUUAAUUAAUGCCGGAGUCAUUGAUUCAGAUUUUCGAGGAGAGGCUUCAAUAAUGUCAAAACAUUUUGCAAAGACUGAUAAACCAAGGUGAGAUUGAGCAGCCAUUUUGAUGCUGCAUCAGCAGAGGUGCGUAGGUUAUCAUCUUGGGACCAUUUUUUUGUUUCUUCUGCCUCCUUGUGAUCGUGGGACUAACAUGUCUGGAUUAUUGAUGAUCCAUUAAGAUGUUUUUGAUCCUUUUAAAUGCCAACUUCUGACAAUACUGUCUUCGACAAGUCAUCUUUACCAGAAUUUAACUGGUCCUUUUCUGCUUACAGAGUGGUACCAAAAUUUCUAUCACAUUUUUCCAUAUGCCUACUAUUGAUAGUUUACAUAAAUAAUUUAAUAUUUAUUUAACUUAACUGACAAGGAUUCAUAUAGCCGACCCCAUCUAGUGAGAAAAGACUUGGUUGUUGUUGUUGUUGUUAACUUAGCUGACAAAUAUGUGAGACUUGCCAUUUGAGAUUGUGUGACUACCUACAGUAGAGGAAAAAACCUGGCCACAGGGUGAACUAAAACCAUCUUAUUUUUUGUUGCCUGAAAUUACUAUCUGAACUAGAAAUUUGAGUUAUUACAGGUUCCUUCAUGUCCCUGUCAAAUAUUAGGCUACUGCAGUUUUUGCCUCUUCUCCUACUGUACGCUAUUGCUUCUUUCAUUACUCAUCAUAUGCAUUAGCUUUUUCUGAUUAUGUAUGUUAUGAAUUUUCUCUCUCUUUCCACACUACAAAGGAGUGUUUUUGCGAUGAUUCCAAAACCAUCAUCAGCAGCAACAGAUAGUGACGGUGAGGUAAAUCGUCCCAAUUAUUCUUUUUUUUUUUAUGAUGGUUGUGACAGUGAAAUUAGCAUUACAAUUGGACCAUUGGAGACAGAUAUAUCAAUUUUUCUUAGAGUUAGACUAACCAUUCGUGACAGUGUUGCGACAGUAUUGUUGUCGUUGCAGAUGCCUAGGCUUUGUGAGGGUUAAACUCCUGCAUUGAUUGCUGUAGAAUGAUUAAUCUUUGCCUGUGCAUUCUUGAAACUUUCUAGCAAUCAAUUACUUAGAUAUUAUCUUUUGGGAACAAAUCAUUAAUGAUUUUGGCAUGAGCUGGGGGCUGUACCUCAGCAAGACUUUUUUUGCAAAUUCUCAUGAAACAUAAUUGCACAUAGCCAUAUACAUUCCGGAACACCAUAACAUGAACUAAGUUUUAAUUUCUAGUCAUUUCCUUUAGAAAUUGUUAUCAUUUCAAAUCUAAUUAUUUUCUAUUUUGCAAUCCUCAUCAUCAUACAAGUACUAAUCCUCAUCUUUCUUAAUUCUAGAAAGUGUAAACGCUCAUAUUACCAUGAUAUGCUGAUGGAGUCAUGGAGCCUUUUUAUUUGUUUUGCCUAGAUUGCCAAGUCAUCUUCAAGCAUCAGAGAUGGUAUAACUUCUGAGAAAUGAUGUUUAACGUUGUUAAAAUUAACAAGUAGCAUGGAUUCAGAAUAGCCUACUGAAUCGACCAUCGUACUUGGUAUAUUGCACCUUAGAAAAUCUGGAUCAUUUAACCUGUGAAUAUCUUGUCGUAUAUCAAGAAACUUGGAAAUUGUAAAAUUCAACACUCUCAUUUCCGUGAUCGUUUUACAAUCUUUGAUAUUUUAAAGAUUAUUAGCAUAUCA